CUUUAUAUACUGAAAUAGACAUGGAUCUCUAAUAAAUUAGUGUGUAACUAUUUGAAGAGAGCAAAUUUCAUUGAAGAAAGAUACACUACCGCUUUACCAGUCUUAAUGAAGGUCUUCAAAGUGACUUCCAGUUCUGCUUAUUUUUAAAUUUCUAUCAAAGAGGGGGCGACAGUAAAAACAGCAGCAGCAGCACUAGCUGGGUGGAUCUUGGAGCAUCAGUUCCUCAGCAGUGCGCAUCUCCAGGGCUGGUCACAGUGGUCCGCUCUCCCCGCAGCCCGUGAAAGGUCAUGGCCACAGUUGGGUGUGCUUGCCAAUCCACCAACACCAGCAGAACAGAUGCAACCCAGCUGUCCCCAGUUAGUGCCUAUGAUUACACAAUACCACCCAUGGAGAAAACCCUUGUGAAAACCGACAUUCAGAUAGCUCUUCCUUCUGGGUGCUAUGGAAGAGUAGCUCUUAGAAGGCUCACAUUGGCUCAAGAGGUUCUCGCUGUGAGAAAAACUGAAAAUAUAGCUCCACGUUCCGGCUUGGCUGCAAAACACUUUAUAGAUGUAGGAGCUGGUGUUAUAGAUGAAGAUUAUAGAGGAAAUCUUGGUGUUGUACUGUUUAAUUUUGGCAAAGAAAAAUUUGAAGUAAAAAAGGGUGACCGAAUUGCACAGCUCAUUUGUGAAAGGAUUUUUUAUCCAGAAAUAGAGGAAGUUCAAGCUUUGGAUGACACUGAAAGGGGCUCAGGAGGUUUUGGUUCUACUGGAAAAAAUUAAAAUUUAUGCCAAGAAUAGAAAAUGAGAAACAAAGAGUUUUUGUUUGGUGUUUUGCACUUCUGUAAACUUAACAGCUUUAGAUUCUAACAAUAUUUGGUUCUCUUAUGAUCAAGGAAAAAGGUACUCUGUUGGGAUCACAUUGAACUUUUUUGUGUUUUUCUACAUUUGUUGUAUAAAUAUUCAUGGUAACCUAAUUGUUUGUUUUUUUGUUUUUUUCAAUCAAACGUACAUCAGUUAUAGAUCCCCAGAACUGUAUUAUUUAACUCACUAAAUGCCACUCAUUCAACAACUUAUUCUUUGGUUUGUUUUAUAGAUCAUAAACAAAGCCUUUUAAAUUUGAAUUCUUUCACAGAUACAAAUUAUUAUGUAAACUGAACUAAAAGAUGAUAUAUAAAAAAAGUUAUUCCUUGU